CCCCGCCCCCUCCGGCCCCCGGCCGGGCAGGGCCGGGCAGCCAUUUUGGGCAGAGCUUUGUUAUGGUUCUGGGGCCGCAGCAGGCAGCGAGAGGGGCCCGGCCGUGACUACAGUUCCUGUCUUACCUCUUUGAUGGAAGAGGACUAUGACCCAGAAGUGAACUUUCCACUGUAGAACAAGAAGCUGUUGUGGAAUAAUUUGUUUCCUUUUAAAAGCAGUACCCAGUCUACAAAAAAAUAGAGUAGAAGAGAUUAUUUUUACACCUGGCAUUUUUCAGUUCUUGUGACCUAUGUUUCAGCAUGUAAAUGGUGAAAAACGGGGAUAUAAACAUUUGUGCCUGCUUUUGAGCUUUACAUCAAGUAGUGCUUAGUUCUGUGGAGCAUUAACCAAGCUACGUGAAGUCCAGAGUAUAUCCUGACAUUCAUUUUUCAAAAAAAAUAUAUAUAUACCUUUUUUUUUUUUUUAGAAAAUUUAUCUGAGAAAAAUGAAGAUUAUCUUUUAGGAGCACUUGAUCAGAUGCUUCUUGUUUAGAUCUCAGCAUUUGGGGCAAACAUUUUUCUAUAACGUGGUCCUUUUUGUAGAGUGUUCAGAUUGAUCUGCAGACCAUGAACUAUCCAGCAGAGUUGGGUGUAUCUGUUCAGUAUUAAUGAUGGUGUGGUUCUGAAUGUUGUCAUACAGACCUGGCAAACCUUUUUCUAAUGUAAAAGCUGACUUCUGUAGUACCACGACUAGAGGAUAUUUAAUGAGGUGAACGUGGUCGUGGCUUUUUUUAAAUACAAAUUACCUUCUUAGGUAUUUUUUUGUAGUGAGAGUGCAAAAAGAGGUUAAAAUGAGCAGCUGAGGGGGUGAAGGGCACAGUUGGCACGAAGUGCGGCCUCUCGUGCUCUGCUUCGAGACGCACUAUUGCCUCAAGGCUGGCCUGACGGUAUACUGGGGAAGAAAGGAACCAGAAGCUCAGUGAAGCAGAGAAGAAAGUGAGGAUAUUGGACUGCAGAGGCCAAACUCUGGGUGAGUGAUCAUAUGUACUUUUUUUUCCUUGCCUAUGCAGUAUUGACUUUUUCAGCUUUAAUUCAGCCAUGAACAAAUAAAGCAAAAUGGAAAGCUGAAGAAUCUUCCACAAAAAGGCAGAAUUCCAUUAUACAGAGUAGUAAUGGAAUUCUUACCGCCUUGACUAGUGGAAAUUGCUGUGACAAGUUGAAAAGAACAAUUCAGUUUCAUGUUCCUCAGUGAGACAUCUGCUGGUCUUCAGUUGAACUUGCAUUAAGAUACAGGUCUUUCAACCAGCUUGUGGUUUUUAAGUUGGGGGGUGCAGGAACUGGCAUAUGGUUGUCUUUCAAGUCUCUGAUCUGCUCGUAGUGUCUCAAUAUCAUCAUUGGUUUGGUCAUAUUUAAUUUACAACCUCUGGAAUAAAAUCUGCGGUGGUCGCUCCUUUGUAGAUUAUGAAACAAAGAGCAGUGAAGGAAUGUACCCCAAAUUCUGGCAUGUCUUAGUUCGGUGCAUUGUAUGGCUUAUGUGUGCUUUUUGUUCUGUUUUUUUUUCCAUCUCCAGGCCUAUCCUAUCAUGAAUUUCAUAGGUGUGUUUUUAGAAUGGAAUUGUAAAUGGAAGCUAACUGGGAAUGUUUAAGUUACUACCUGUUCUGAUCAGAGGAAUAAAGCAGGAAAAAAUAAUGUUAGUGUAAACAACUACAGUGCUUUUCCCCUCCUGAUAAUAUAGACCAGGCUUUGGGAAUUAAUUUGUAUGAUUAUUUCAGUUUGGAAAAGAUAAGUCAGGGAAUGGUCUUUUCAUUUACAGAUCCUGGCCAUGAGGUUUGAUGCCUCAUUUUAUUGAAGGGAGACACUGGACCUAAAUGGCGCAGCAUGACUUUGUUCCUGCCUGGCUUAACUUCUCAACACCACAGUCAACCAAGUCCCCUGCAGCCACCUUUGAGAAACAUGGAGAGCAUCUUCCACGGGGAGAGGGACGCUUUGGGGUGAGCCGUAGGAGACACAACUCUUCUGAUGGAUUUUUCAAUAACGGGCCCCUCCGAACUGCAGGAGACUGCUGGCAUCAGCCGUCCCUUCUCCGCCAUGAUUCUGUAGAUUCUGGUGUUUCUAAAGGAGCUCAUGUUGGGCUUUCUGGCAGUCAGCCUGGCUGGCAUGGUCCCUCACGGGGCCAUGAUGGCGUGAACCAGCGUGGUGGAGGAGGAACUGGAGUUCAUCGCCACUGGAAUGGCAACUUCCAUUCUCGGAAAAGUUCCGCCUUUCAAGAAAAGCUGCCUGUUGAAGCCAGGGAAGAGAAGAAGGAAGACAAAGAGCAGUUACAAUUUGAGGAAGAAGACUUUCCAUCUUUGAAUCCAGAAGCUGGAAGACACAACAGCCAGAACAAACCUUUAGGGACACCGUCUGGAGUAUGGGAAAACCCCCCUAGUGCCAAGCAACCUACCAAGAUGCUGGUCAUCAAAAAGGUUUCAAAAGAGGAUCCUGCUGCUGCCUUCUCAGCUGCAUUUACAUCACCCGUUUCUCACCUGGCAAAUGGCAACAAAGCCACCACCAUUGUCCCAAGUGUCUACAAAAAUCUGGUUCCUAAACCUGCAGCUCCUCCUUCCAAGCCAAGUCCAUGGAAAGCCAACAGAAAUGAACAUAAACCAGGCUCGCUUUCUUCCAGCCGUGACUCUGCCUUUACCAGUCCAGUGUCUGUAACCAAACCAGCGGUACUGGCAAGUGGCUCAGUCCUUACAUCUCCCAAAGAGAGUCCUUCCAGCACCACCCCUCCCAUCGAGAUCUGCUCUUCGCGCUUGACAAAACUGAUGCGCCGCACCACCGAUAAAAAGAGCGAAUUCCUGAAGGCACUGAAAGAUGAUAGGAAUGGGGAGAUAACAGAGAACAGAGAAUGCGACAAGCUGGAUGAUAUGGAGAGCAACAGCACACCAGAACCAAAGGAAAAUUGGGAAGAGAAUUGCCAUCAAAAUGGCCUUUCUCUUCCUUUGCCAGAGGAGGGGGAAAACCUCUCUCACUCAUUGGAAGCAGAACACAGGUUAUUGAAAGAAAUGGGAUGGCAGGAAUAUCCUGAAAAUGAUGAGAAUUACCUUCCCCUCACGGAGGAUGAGCUCAAAGAGUUCCAAAUUAAAUCAGAGCAGCGAAGAAGAAAUGGAUUUGGGAAGAAUGGAUUUCUUCAGGGCCGCGGCUCCAGCCUGUUGUUCCACUGGAGAAGCACUUUUAAGACAAAGAUUGAGGACUCAGACACAGAAACUAGUAGCAGUGAAACUUCAGAUGACGAUGCCUGAGACUGGGCACAAGAAAAUUGAAAUAAAUAAAAUCAACCCAAUAAACUCAGUUCAUAGUUCAACAUGUGUUUGGGGUUGUAUAAACUAAACAGAGUUUAUUCUGUCUCCAGUCUGUUCAGUUUUUUCUUCUGUUGUUGAUACUUCAUGCACAAGGGAAAUAAUUGUAUCCCAAAGAAGAGAGAAAUUGGCUUCUUUAGCUUUUUCUUUUGGUUUUGCCCUAAUGCUUAUAGAAGUUUGUGCAGCUAGCAAAAUUUUGACAAAAAUCCCUUGUGGGGCAGUGCACAAGUUCAGUCUUGUAAGCAGGAUACCAGUGACUGACUGAUCUUUGCAACAACAAGCUUCUAACAGUGCCGCCUGCAUUACAUAAUGUCGUGCGGUAACAAUGUGCUAAAACAAUCAUUGUCAAUGACAAAAUGGCUAUUGAAGUUCUAAUUAUGUUAAAUUAAUGCUAAUAACAUGAAUUUUUUAUUUUAUUUUUUUUUGGCGGCUCGGGGAGCUUCAUCACUUAACCAGGCGUUUGUGGUUUUCUUUUUUUGGGUACAGCUGUAAAAUAUUUGGAUAUAGGAAUUGUUUGUGUUCUUCUUCUUGCAGCCUUGAUAUUCAGGGUGGAUUGUAAAAUAUAAAUUUUUUGUGAGAUUUCAAAGAUUAAGAUUAUUUUGAUAACAUUAUUUACAGAUUUAAAAAAGUGACUAUCACAUUGAGUCUGUAUGAGGGGGAAAAACUACUGCAUCAAAAAUAACUAACUUGGAAUAAAUAUUUUGCAUCAGUUUGCCAA